AUGCUCGCCCGCAAAACUUGUCUCCUACAGUGCCGACAAUCACUCAGUUCUCGGAAUGUUUUAGUCGAUUCGUCAAUGAGACACGCACUCUCCACUCUCGUAACGCCCGAAGAACUGCACGCACGGCUAAAGCCAAUCACUGUGGGGCAGGCUACGGACUCGUCCACUGUGGUGCCUCUCUGCGCAACUUGGUUCCUCCCGACCUCGGCCCACCAGGGACUUGAAUCAUUCCGUACCCGGCGUCUUCCUAACGCUCGAUUCUUUGACAUUGAUGAGAUAUGUGACAAGGAGUCUCCAUUUCCCCACAUGUUGCCAUCUGCCUCGGACUUUGCCAAAGCUAUGUCUACCCUUGGCGUGCGGAGACAUGAUACAGUCGUGGUCUACGACAGCCUCGAACAGGGCAUCUUCAGUGCUCCGCGCGUAGCCUGGAUGUUCAAGGCCUUUGGUCAUAAUUCGGUCCAUGUUUUGAAUAACUUCCGAGGCUGGGUCGACCGAGGCUAUCCCACGGAAAGUGGUGACUCUCGAAAAGUGGACUAUCAUCCUUAUCCUAUCCCCGAAUUAGAUUCUACAAAACUAGUUGGAUUCGACGAACUCAAAGAAAUCGUGCAGAGUCAGCAACAAGAUGGCGUGACUCGUGCCCAGAUUCUCGAUGCGAGAUCAUUUGGACGCUGGAGCGGCAAGGAACCCGAGCCCCGUGCGACUAUUAGGAGUGGCCACAUUCCAGGAAGCAUAUCCAUCUCCGUUUCUGAGCUGCUCGAUGCCGACACUAAGGCUAUUCUACCCGCUCAUGAACUCGCACAGAUAUUUAAGCGAAAGAACAUAGAUCCGGAAAAACCCAUCAUCACGAGCUGUGGCACGGGUGUCACUGCGGCUAUUAUCAAUAUGGCACUGGAUGAAGCAGGCUAUGGAUCAGAGAAAGAUCGUAGACUCUACGACGGAAGCUGGACAGAAUGGGCUCAGCGUAUUACAGACGAUGAAAAUGAAACCAAGCGAAUGAUCGAAGUACUAUGA